AUGUCUACCUAUGUCCUGAGCAAGUUUUCAGACUUGGUUACUGAAGGAGUUAGGACAGACAAGGGGUUCAAGGACUGUCAUGUCAAUGCAGUGGCUAGGGAACUACAGAGUUACAUAGGCCAACAAGUUUCAGGUACACAGGUCUACAACCACCUCCGCAAGUGGCGUACCAAAUGGGUGAAGAUCUGCAGGCUUAAGGACCUCAGCGGUGCUAACUGGGAUGAGGACCUAUGCAUGAUUACACUGGACCCUAAACACUACCAUGGUCAUGUGAAGGAUCACUCAAAGGAUGCAGAGUUUCUCAAUGUUCCCAUUGUGAACUACCAGUACAUGCAAACCAUUUUUGGUUGUGGCGUGGCUACUGGGAGGUUUGCAAUGGGCUCCAAUGAAGCUCUGGACCAACCUGCAGCUGAACCCGAGACCAUUGAUGUUGACUCCAAUGAAGCUCCACCUGCUACCAAGGAAGAUACUGCUGCUCUCAAGGAUAAGGACAAGUCAGAUGACAAGAAGAAGAGGAAGAGGAUGCUGAAUCAAGAUGAUGUAGCUCUGAUGACAGGGUUCACUGAUGCCAUUUGGGGACUCAACGCUGCAUUAAGUGAAGGUAACCACUCAGAGGCGGCACCUGGCAUAUAUGAAGCAGUCAUGGGGUGCCCAAACUUCUCCAGGAGUGACUUGAUGACAUGCCUCAACUACCUGAUGGAUCACAAGGCCCCUGCAAUGGUCUUUGUGGAGAUGUCGCCAUCUGACAAGGAGCUGUGGAUCAACACCCACCUGGCCAAGUUGAAUGAUAUCACUUGUGAAUCUGUUGUUUCUGUGAUGAAGAACAAGUUUUAUGUUGUGUUUGUUGGCCGCAAGCCUGGAGUGUACACGACGUGGAUGGAUUGCCACCGUCAAGUGUCAGGUUAUGCAAACAAUCUCCACUCGAGUUUUGCAUCUAGGGCUGAAGUUGAACAAGCAUUGUUCAAGUAUCAGCAAGCGCAAGCCAAGCCCAAUGUUGAGGAAAUCGUGAAGGAAGUAGGCAAGGAAAAAGCAGAUGUGAAGAUCAAUUUUCUAAGUACCAAGGACCUUUGUGUUGUACUGCUCCUAGUUGUAGUUGUUUUCCAAGCCUAUUUGCUGCAUCUUAAGUAG